UUUUUUUCGCGUAUCCAAAAUGGCGACCGAGUAAUUUUUUUGCAGCAUUUUGUGAAAUUUCCACGCGCUCUUUCGAUUGAAAACAAUAUUUCUGCGCGUCCUUCAGUGUCUAUCAAGGAACCACAUAUUUCAGCAGCUUUAAUAGAUCUCCGUAGUAAGGAAAACACAACACAAGAUGGUGGACAAAAUUGAAAUGAGCCUCGACGAUAUCAUCAAGUCCAGCCGCUCACAGAAAAAGCCGCAAGGAGGUGCUGCUCGCGGCGGUCCUGGUGGCGCCCGUCGUCCUGGCGGUCAGCAGCGUGGCCCAGCUGGUGGCGCUCGCCGCGGUGGUGGCGCCGGCGGCUCGCCCAGAAAGCCAGCGCCGGCAAGCGGAGCGGGGGGCGUACUCAAGGGUCGUCGUGGAGCCCCUGCCGGUGUCGUACAGAAGACAAAGUUCGCACGGGGCGAUGUAAACAGCGCAUGGAAGCAUGAUAUGUACGACGGACCCAAGCGGGGCUCCGCCGCUGCUGGAGGAACCGGACCCACUCGUCUCAUCGUUGGAAACUUGGACUACGGCGUGUCCAAUACCGACAUCAAGGAGCUAUUCAAUGACUUUGGACCAAUGAAGAAGGCGGCAGUGCAUUAUGAUCGCUCUGGUCGUUCAUUGGGCACCGCUGAUGUAAUCUUUGAGCGUCGCGCCGACGCGUUGAAAGCCGUCAAACAGUACCAUGGCGUCCCUCUGGACGGGCGCCCCAUGACCAUUCAGCUAGCUGUCUCGGAUGUAGCCGCCUUGACACGCCCCGUGGCCUCGACCGAUGUGAAGCGACGCGUCGGAGGCAGUGCAGCGGCUGCUCCAUUCAAGCGUGGUGGUGGACAAGCUGGAGGAUCCUCGCGUCGCGGAGGUUUUAAACGUCCGACCGGAGGCAAACCCGCCGCCGGCGGAGGCCAGCGAAGGGAGCGCAAGGCCCCACCCACUGCCGAGGAGCUGGACGCCGAACUGGACUCGUACAUCAACGACAUGAAGAUUUAAAUUAGCCAAUAGUCUGAAUUAGUAUAUCAAGAAAAACACAAUCCCUAGUCUUAAGUCAGCCACACACAUGGACAGUCUCAGAAUUGUACUAGAAACACACAUCCGGAUCAACGACGACGCCGCGCACAAGCAUGUGGGAUCAAUCCCAAUCCAUAUAAUUGUUAAUUAUAUAUACAUAUAUAUGGCGGCUAGUUUGAUAAGUCGAACAACUUGAAAACAUUUGAUGCUGUAUUUAAUAUUAAUACGUACGCUUUAACAACAACGGGUUCGAACCGACUUUGACUUAAUCGACACACCUGUAAUUCUAAACUGAAGUGUAAUAAAAAUACUAGAAUUAAUUUUGUGACCAAA